ACUGUAACUUGACGAUGAUGAAUAGCGGAGGGGGUACACCUCUCAAUUUAGACAACACUGAUACCGUCACUUCUAAAGCCAACGAUCCCAGUUGUUAGACUUCUAUACAAGCCCGAAGCAGGACGACCCGUUCGGGUCUGAAACAGAUCGUCAUGCACAGACCGAUGUACAGUUCGUUUUCCAUCGAUGCCUUGAUGGCGCCGCAACCACGGAUAUCUCCUCCACUCUACUACCCCGGGUAUAUGUUCAUGCCCUCAGCGUCUGUCGCCCCGUCCCUCCCAGCGAAUCUCGGCGACCCCCGGGCGAUGAGUUCUCUUACCCACGCGGUAUUCUCCCAGUCCCAACUCCUUGGAUCCCCUGCCCUAAACCAGCAACACAGAGAUUUUUUACUUCAUCAUGCGGGUAACACCAUGCAAGCCUCACCCCUCCGACCUACGGCACAACCGACAAUCCCCACCCCGCGGGUCAACGAAUCUACCCGCUCAGUCAGUCCGCUCAGUAGUGAUGAAAACACAGAGGAUAUUGACGAUGAAAUGUUGGAAGAUGCGGACACGUCUAUGAACCACACGAGUGAAGGGGAGAGUAUUUCGGAAACAACUGACAGCGACAGGACGGGUAUUGACGGAGGUGGCAAUUUAGACGGAGUUUCCGGGAAAACUUUUGACGAUUCCAAUGGCGAUAUAGGCACUUCCGGUGGGAAAACAAGGCGGAGGAGGACUGCAUUCACGAGCGAACAGUUGUUAGAGUUGGAAAAAGAGUUCCAUAGCAAGAAAUAUUUGUCAUUAACUGAGCGAUCUCAAAUUGCACAUAACUUAAAACUCAGUGAAGUACAAGUGAAAAUCUGGUUUCAAAACCGUCGUGCAAAAUGGAAACGUGUUAAAGCUGGAUUGGUGCACGCCCGGGCCGGGAGUACGAACGAUCAACAAAACAAACCCAAGAUCGUAGUGCCUAUUCCAGUGCAUGUGAACAGAAUUGCAAUACGAUCUCAACACCAGCAGAUCGAGAAAACAAGACCAGUACCCUAGUGAGCCCAGUCAUGUUGAUAAACAGGGUUUGAAAUUGACUCGCAAAAUCAAAAUUGUAGCCAGGGUUUCAAAGAGACGGACCUUUGAUGCCGUUCCUGUAUUAGAACGUUGGCUGGUGUUUUUAUACAAGCACAGGAAACUAUGUUAUGGGAGGACAAUGUUUACCCUUUUUCCCUUUCUAAUCCUUUUGGUAUGUUCCGUAUCAAACGCCGGAAGAUUCCAUUCGAUAUUUUAGGGGUUAAAGGGCACAGGACAUGAACUAAAUGAAAAAAUAAAUGUUCUUUGUUCGUUGAACAGAGAGGGCCUGUUUCUUUACUCAAAAGGAGGGACCAAAUUGUUUAUUUACUAGAACGAGUUUUCAAAACUCUGUGUAUGUAGUUUAUUAUAUUUAUACUACCUCUCUCAUGAACUGACAGAGAAACAGAGAGUACACAAAUAUUGUGUCAUUUACGCAACUCGCUCGAGUACAGCCUGAUUACUCGUUACCGUAGUGUUUCUAGAAGGGCACAUGGCAGUGACGAAACAACACUUACUACAAAGAUAUGAUCUCUUUGGGGCUAAUUUGCAAUGAUUGUGCAAUUACACCAAUGUCUUUCAGUGUCAGUACCGAGAAGCGCCCACAUACUCAUCAAAUAACGUCAGAGCUAAUUUAAUUUCAUAAAGUUAUUGAGAAUUUCAUUGACUGAUGCCACACUUUUAGUGUCGAAAUACCCGUAUCUAGCUUGAAAUAUGAAAUACAUCCCGAAUUCAAAUUUGUUUCAAUUUCAUACUAUUUAUUUUGGAAGUCAAAAAUACUAAUUAUCUCUUUUAAACGUUCGUCCCAGUAGCAAUUUAUUAUGUAUACACAACACAACGCAACACACCCACUUUGAAGCUAGGCACCACUCCAAAAUUCAUUGCAACUGUUUACCCUUCUGAUCAUCACCGGCGCUCUGUUUGCCUGUCUUUCACACCUUUCACAAAAUUGCGGCAUAUAUUACAUGCUUACAAAAAAACACGGUGGCAAUGUUUAAUUCCAAAACAUAAAAACGGAGUGUCAAACACAUGGUAUAUCACUCUCAAAAUGACAAAAAAGUUUUGAUAUUUGUAAACUAUGCACACGCGUUUAGACAGCUGUUGAGGGAAACUCCUUUGGCGGUUAAAUCGCUGAGGUAAACUGCAUUAUUAAUUUAUGCCCAAAAAAAAUAAUUGAUAAAAGCAGUUUGGUAUGUUAUUGAUAUUUAACACAUAUUUAAACGACAUUUAUAGGCACAUUUUAAGAUUUAUUUCGAAAACGCUGAUGUCAAAUUCAAUCGUUUGAAAUUUCAGUGCUAAAAUGGUCUUUUGAAAUGUGGGAUAUUUAAGAGCAUUAUUAUUCUAGGUACAGAUUGCUUGUUUUUAUAACUUAAGAUAAAUCAGAGAAACUAUCAUUAUUUCUACUUUUCAUAUUUCAAUUAAUUAAUAAUGAUUUAUAAGUUUGUUUCUGAUAUUACACUUAGGUGACCAUAUCAACUUUGUUUUCUUCAUGGCUGAUAUAUCAUUAUGCUAUUUAAAGCAUACUUAUUUAAUAUAUAUAAGUAAGUAAUCACAAUGAUAUGAAUUAAAAGCUGAAAUAUUAACUUUUAAAUGAAAUGUUUUACAAAUGUCAAACGUUUUUAAUAUUUGUUUUUAAAAGCAUACAAAAUACCUAUAAUAUUCUUUAAAACUACAAAUUUACAAACGGUCUUUUCCCAUGUCAAACUAGUUUUAAUAGCAUAUUUUGAGACAUGACGUGAUUAAAUAACAAACUCACUGAAAAUAUGUCUAUUCAUUGGUAAUACAUCGGUUCUAUAUUAGAUGAUGUUGAUACAAAUGACAUGAUUGAAUCCAAUACUUACCACAGAAAAUGAUUUAUUAUUAUUAUUUAUGAGUAAUAUUAAGGUGGUAUAAUAGGUUAUUUUUAGAUGCAUAGCGUGGUUAAACAAAGUACCACAGACCUGAAUACAUCUGCCAUAUAUCUUGUGAUACUGAGACACAUGCAUUGGUUAAACAACGUAAGAAAUGGGCACUGACAUCGGUUAAUUUAGCCAAGCCGGCCUGUGAGAGGUGGUGAGACAAGGGCAUGUGUGGGUCGGUGUUGUCACGGGGGUAGCAGCCUAUAGACACGGGGGGAGAUAAUUGAGGCUGCCUCAGGCUACACUACAGCAAAUUGAGAAAAUGUCUAGUAUGACGGGAAAUAACAUGUUAUUUACAUGAAAUUUACACCUUGCGUGACGGCCCAUUUUGAAAUAUACACGGCCACACGUGCUGGAAGUGAGAUUCUUUGUACACGCGCAAUGUUGUUUUCUCUAGCAUUCCAUUAAAAUUCAAUGAGAAAUAAAUCUAAAUUUAUAAUUUGUGAA